AUGGGAGAAAAAGGUGAAUCAGUCGCAGUGAUCGGUGCCGGUCUGGUUGGGUGCCUGGCAGCCUUGGCGUUUGCGAAGAAAGGGUAUGAGGUGAGCUUGUUUGACUACCGCUCCGACCCGCGUCUGGCUACCACGACGGACAGAAACCUGCGGUCCAUCAACCUGGCGAUCUCCGCUCGUGGGAUCGAGGGCCUGAAAGCAGUGGACGACGAGCUCGCAGCGCGUGUGCUGCGCGAUAUGCUGCCGAUGCACGGCCGCAUGAUUCACAACCUUGCGGGCAAGCAGGAGCCGCAGGAGUACGGCCUGUUCGGUGAGUCAGUCAACUCGAUUGACCGCGGCGUGUUGAAUAACGCGCUUCUGGACGAGGUGUCUGCACAGGAGCACAUCCAGGCUCAGUUUGGCCACAAGCUGGUCAAGGCCAACUUCAACCACGGCGCGACGCAGCAGCUGCUCUUCGCCGUCGAGGGAAAGACGGUGCAGCUGGAGUUCGACUUCGUCGUCGGGUGCGAUGGGGCGUAUUCUACCACGCGUCAGCAGAUGCAGCGGUUUGACCGCAUGGACUUCUCGCAGGAGUACAUGGACUGCUUCUAUCUGGAGUUGUACAUCCCGCCAACGCCCGAGUUCAGCGAGCGCUUCGGCGGCCCGUUUGCCAUAUCUCCGCAGCACCUGCACAUCUGGCCGCGCCACAACUUCAUGCUGAUCGCGCUGCCCAACAAAGAUGGCUCCUUCACGUCCACCUUUUUUGGUCCGUGGUCCCUGUUGGACCGCCUGGACACCCGCGAGCAGCUCGCCGCCUUCCUCACGACCAACUUCGCCGACGCCAUGGAACUCAUCGGCCUCGACAACGCCAUCCGCGCCUUCCAGGAAAACACCAAGGGCGCACUGAUGUGCGUCGAGUGCCGCCCGUACCACCUGCCGGGCGGCAAGGCUAUCCUGCUGGGUGACGCCGCCCACGCAAUGGUGCCUUUCUACGGACAGGGCAUGAACUGCGGCUUCGAGGACGUUCGCGUGCUCAUGGGCCUGCUGGACGACUACGCUGGCGACCGCACCGCUGCGUUUGCCAAGUAUACCGCGUCCAGGCACCGCGACCUGGUCUCCAUCAUCCAACUGGCCAAGAACAACUACAGAGACAUGUCCCACAACGUCGUGUCGAGCUGGCACCGCGCCAAACGCUCGCUGAACAACGUUCUGGGCCGCACCUUCAGAGGCACCUGGCUUCCGCUGUACACCAUGGUCUCCUUCCGCGCCGACAUACCCUACCACAAGGCCGUGGAGGUCGACCGCCGGCAGGCUGCCAUUCUGUCUUUGGUCCAGUCUGCACUCCUUUCUCUGGCAGCCCUGGGUGGUUUCAAGGGUCUCCUGCUGCUCUACAGGUGGAUCAAGCAGGUCAGGCGGGUUUAG